AGUAAUAGCAAACCUAAUCAAGAGCAGCCAGUUUCAAAUCCAGAUGAUGGAUGCCACAUGAGCAAUCUGAUAAAUCCUGACCAGAUUGAAACAUCCAGACAUGAGGAGAAGCCCAAAGAGCCUCAAUUCAUAGUAUUAAAGGAAGAUACUGAAAUUCCUCUGGUAUCAGCAGAAGAGUCGUCCGACGAAGGGUGGCAAGAAGCCAGCUUCAGAGGAAAAUCUAAUCACAUGCGACAGAAAUUUGGUUCAAGGCGACCCGGCCUUUCUAAGUUAGCUGCAAACAACUCGGAGUCAUAUUCUACUGUAAGUGUUGGUUAUAAGAUGAGAACCGUAUUACCGAAUUCUAAGUCCUUUAAUGGAGCCAGCUCUACUGAUGUCUCUUCUGUUGGAAAAUUGUGGAAUGCUUCCAGUUCAGUGGGAGAAGAAUCCAAUAAGGUUCAACUGGCUAGUCCUGAUGUAGAAGCUAGCACAGAACACCUUAAGGCUUCUGGUACGAGCAGGUUCGCUGCGGUGGCUUCCAAGUUUGCGUCAUACAAAGAAGUAGCCGUGUCACCUCCUGGCACUGUCUUGAAGCCUGCUGCUGGGCACUCUAUUCAGGUUAAGGAUGGGUCCAAUGAUUCCCUUGAGCAAAACAAGUUUGUAGAGAAAAUCAUGGAUGAAAAUAGGACAUGCCAGGAGGGUUUGGAAGAAUCGCCUAGUGAUUAUAGUGAGAAAGAGGACCACUCAAAUGAAGUAGUGGAAGUAGAUUUAGAUGAGAAACCUUCUACAAGUUCUGAUGAAGUCAUGGAAUUUUCUGAUUCAAAGAAAGCUGUGCCAAGCAGAAGCAGGCUGUCAGCUUCUGCUCCUCCAUUUAAUCCAUGCUCUCUGCUUUCAAUGUCUCAUCCAUAUAACUCAAAUGCAGUUAGUGGCAUAUAUAAUGCAAAAAAUGUCCAAAAGAGUGUGCCACGUCAAUUUUUUGAAUUUCCCUCUCCUGAUUCUGUAGAUCUUAGAGUCCCUCGUGGUCCCAGAUCCACUAUUUACUAUAGGUCUGGCCAUUCUUUUAGGAGGAAAGCUGGUUAUCCAAGUUGGAACAACAAUGUUUUGAAUAGAAAUAGCACCUCUCAGAGCAUAAUGAAUCCUAAUGCUGCUGAGUUUGUUCCUUCUAAAGAUCGGCACCCAGAUACAGGAAAAACUGCUGUUCUCUGCGAAGAAGCUCAAAAUCCAGAAAAGACUUCGUCUAGGCCGCAAGAAUUUACGAGUGCUGCAAAGAAUGAAACUUCAGAUGUUUACUUACAAGAGAAAACCAAAGUUGAGAAACCUGAUAAACAAGCGAUCAGAGAUAAUAAUGGGAGAAAUGACACCAAGAACUUGCAAAGAACUGAGCUUGCACGACAGAUUCUUCUCAACUUGGUUGUGAAAUCAUUUCAGCAUACUCUAAUCUCUUCAUCUGAUGCCGAGUCUAAGUCAUUUCCGGCUAAAACCAAGCCCAGGGAAAGCAAAGGACAGCAAUCUCAAUCUUCAAACAAUGUGCAGUUUAAGAAGGGAAGAAUUAAAAGCAGCAAGAAACAAGAUGCAGAAGGAUUUACGAUCGUCUCGAAGAGAAGAAACAAGAACCAAUUCCCUAGUGCAGUGAAUGGCUUGUAUGCUGAGCAAUUUAUCUGUACGUAGUGGGCUGAUUACACAGAAUAUUAUAAAUAAGGCAAGUAAGUUCUUUUUCCCAAUUUGAAUAUUUGAACAUUGCCAGUGUUAUUACUCGAGACGAAAUUGUAAUAUGGUAGUAUUCCGGCUUGUGAGCAGAAGAUAUUUGAGAAUGAUCUUGCAAUAAGAUGCUGGUCUGCAGCUUCUCAGUUUUCCAGGUGAUUGAUGAGAAGAGACCUGCAUGUACAUAAAGCCAUCUCAGGAUUGCUUAGGAAAUUUCAACAUCGUUUAUGGACAAAAGCUUUUCAACGUAUCAAAAUUGAUGAAAUCUAUAUGAUAAAGAAAUUGAUAUAUUUAUAUGAUUAAUCUGUAGGAAAAUAAGUGUGUAAUUAGUUUUUAUAGUUGAAAUAGGAGUUUUAAAAGGCUAUAAAGUGUAAAAUCAUCAUUUAAUAGCACUUGCUUUUGUAAACCUAUAUAUUUCACAUCC